GAGGGCGGCCCAAGGUCGGAGCGCGGGGCGGCGGGGCUCGGCCAGGCGCUGCCUGCGGCCUGCGCUGCCCGCAGAUGGAGUACGACUGGCUGGGCUUCGGCUACGCGGCGCUGGUGGCGGCGGGCGGCGUCGUCGGGUACGCCAAGGCAGGCAGCGUCCCUUCUCUAGCUGCUGGUCUUCUCUUCGGUGGCUUAGCAGGACUAGGCGCUUACCAGCAGUCCAAAGAUCCAAAGAAUGUGUGGCUUUCCCUUGUGGCGUCUGGGACCUUGUCUGCUGUUAUGGGAAUGAGAUUUUACAACUCCAGAAAACCAAUGCCUGGGAUAGUUGCUGGUGCCAGUUUACUGAUGGUUGGACGGCUUGGACUGCAGCUCAUGGAAAAGCCUCUUGAGCCAUAAGUCUGCAUCAAGUCACUUGAAGAUAUGUGAUUGAGAAGCCUGAAAAUGCAGCUGCCUAAACGUGCUAUACAGAAGUGGGAAAGGCACUGCUACCUGUGCACUGUAUUUUUUAUAUCCUGACACGUGAGCUGUGUUUUUUAAAGGAGAGCCCUUCUUAUGUUUUCCAAAAUAGUAUUUGUCUUAACUGCACUUUUUUUUCUGCACUUUGAAGCAAGAAAAUAUGAUUAUAGCAUUAGUUUAGCCUCUGGUCCUGCAGCUUACUGUAGGCAAAGGCCUCUUGGCACUUACACAUAGAUAGUUGCAGGAUUGAAGCUUAAAUGUGCUAUCUGGACUUAUCAUUCUAAAAUCAUAUAUAGCCCAAAACCAAGGGGUGAGGAGGUGCCAAUUUAUAGCUAGUAACUACCAUAACAAAUGUGCUUAUUGUGUUACUUCUCCCUUUCUGUGCCACUUCAUCCUGUCAUCAUGUUUGUCAGUCAGGGGCUUUGUUCUUCCAGCACUGUGUAUUAGAACCAUGUCCCACAAAACACAAUCAUGGAGCAGGCUGUCAGAGCAAUGAAUGCAAACCUGUUACUUGCAAUUACUUGUAAGCAAAAGUGCCCAGCUAAAUGUAAUUUGUUUCACUUUUACAAUUAUUAUUCAUAAAUAAAAAAUAUGCUUUAUUAGAUAAUGCUGAACUGUAAGCAUAGCUCUUGCAUUUAAUGAGCAUUAAAAUGUUAUUCUCAAUAAACCAACAAAUCAUUAUUGCAAA